AUGUUACGCAAAGAAGUGUUGCCACCAGAAAGGGAUCCCCCGCAACCGCCCUUCAUCUUGAAGUUACCAAUGGUCCCUCGAGCACCCGAUCAGUUGGCGUUGACCAUAGAUCCCCCGAGGGCCUGGUUUACUACUUUGGGAGGAAUUUCCAAGUAAGUAUGGGAAUGUUUUGAAAAUUCAGAGUCAGAUGAAAUGUUUUCAUAAUUCUACAUGAUAAAAUACGAACAGAGAAGGCAAAGCUUAUAUAGCGGCGGAGCUUAACCAAUCACCCAAAACACGCAGGGCUUGUUCCCGGAAGGAUAGGAAGAUCCACGAUAAGGUUCCCUCCUUUUCUGGCAAAACAGUAAAGGAAAGAUAGAAUUUUUUUGACAAAGGUUCUUUUUCAUUUUCGUUUCAAAAAGCGCGCAAGAAACCAGCGCGCCCUUCCCGCUACCAAAUCUGCUUAUUUUUGGCAACUGGAUUAGGUUCGCAACUGAAAAUAAUACCUUCAGUUGCGAACUGAACUUGAGUCACAAUAAGUUGGAUAGUCACUUUUCUCCUCCGAAUAACCAUUAAAAGUAAAGAUUUGAGGUUUUACAACUCCCCGUCUAUACGAUCCUUCUUUUCAGACAUCUCCUCUGCAAUCACGGACCGGACCGACUGGCGAUGAAGGUGCGGUGCAGUAACAAUCAUGCCUUCCGGGUUAAUCCCGUUUUCUCUUUCCUCAGUGAAGGGCAGACUCAAGAAUUCGAAGUAAGUCCAUUAUUUCCUGCGCUAAUCUGCUUAAUUUGCAGUUAAUCCGCCUUCAAGGUGGCGAACCGCGAAAAGACAAGGUCCAGUUGUUGUUUACCAUCGCCCGGGACAGUGAUAAUGAUCCAGUUCAGCUUUUUGGGAACAAUUCCAAAGUCCGAUCAGUGGUUCUUCACAUAACAACAAUCUGAUAUCUUAUGAGGAUAUAUGGCGCGCGCGUUCUCUUCGUUUUGGGCCUUGUCGCAAAAACCCGCGAUUCCUUGUCUGUGGACUCACCAGACAAGAAAGGCUAAAUUCUGGUCUAAAAGAUCAGUCUGUCGGUGCACAUUACCUCUCAUUUGGGGCAGAGUUUAUUUGGGACAGAUCGGCUGUCGGCCUUCUAUGUAUAGCCAAUAUUGCGAAUUUGUUUGACUAGCUAUCCAAAUUACAACCAAAAUUUUUUCUCGUUUGGCUAGCCAAAGUUUCCGAAUGACACUGAAGCCCCGAAAAUAUUAGUUAGCCGAAAGGUUGGAAUGGGUAUUAAAGAGUAGGAGUGACUGAGAGCAGGAACCCAUAAAUGGCCAAAAACCUGCAUUGGCUAGCGAAGUUAGCCAAACUGUUAGAAUCCCUCACACAUAAUUUUUUUGUCACGUUGCCCCGUUUUGCGAUUUUUUCGAGGAGCGAGAAGACCUAGUUUCCUGUCUUCAGACAAGAAAUCGCGGUUUUCUGCGAUGAGGCCGGAAAUGAAUUAGGCUAGCCUUAUAAAUGUUAUGACUGAUCGCGUCAUGAGUUCGUAAUAAAAAUUGACAACAUCAACCAAUAAUCGGGCCUUUGUUCGAACUUAUUUGAGUUAAUUACCAUCAGCAACAUCAUUAUGUCCCGUAAUGUGCCGAAAGAGUCGAAAUAAGAUUAACAUUCAGACCCAUAGUAAACAAGAGAUAAAAACAUGUAUGCAUUCUCCUCACGACAUACGUGCUCCCCACCCCGGAUCAUCGUAUCUUGUGAAUUUAUAACACAUAAGCGGAUUAAGUAUACUCCCAACAUAAAGAUUGCGUCAAUUAGAAUAAUCCCCCAUAUCUUUAUUUAAGGCCCCGAGAGCUCCGAAAAUGGCCUUAAAGACUUGUUGAAAGAGAUCCGCUGGGAAAUCUGGUCUUAUCUCUCGCUGUUUGCCUCAGGCCCUAAUUGUUGCUGGACACGAAUCGACCCGAGUAAUGGGUUUUGGGGUUCCACUCCUUAUCCUUGAUGUUCUUGGUUACAUAACGUAGUUUGUGUAGUAAUGUGAGUGAAAAAAGAUUGGGAAGGAGUGCUGAAUAUGCCCCUGGAACCCCCAUCAGAUUAAGGUUUCCGGCCCUCUAAUUGCCGGAGAUUAACGGUAAAGAGAGUAGCUGUAGUUGGGUGACCUUCUAUGGCCCAAUCUUUGGGAAUAAACCGCCCUAACCAAAGACGGCCAACUUCUCGGGACCGCCAAAUGUCCAACCAAUUGCAUAAUUGAAGGCCGGUGAUGACGGUGCUUAUUUUGGGGCAGGUUUUCGUGUUAUCUUCUGCUCCCCUCAUUAAUGCAUGGGGAUAAAAAGACGUGCCAUAUGACUGCUUCCGAAUUCUAGAUGACUGCUCGCCAUUAAAAUAUAGAUAAUUCCAUCCUCUUGUCUCGACGGAUAAAUGACCGAAGUCCGGGCCCUCAGGCAAUCAACGUGAAUUCAAUCCUGGUCCUUCUGAUUGGGGUCGGCGGCGGGUUUCUCUUUGUGGUCACGGGUAUCUACAUCUACUUCUGCCUUCUCAAACAUGUCAAAAAGUAAGUGGCUUUGCAUCUUCCUACUUUUCGUUAAAUUACUUUUCAUCAAAUUCCCAUUUUUUAUUUAGAAUUCAGAAGCCCAAUGAGGCGCACCAAAGCCGACCAGCCAAGAAUUCGACGGACUCUGUCCCCGAACAGACCCUGCUCCAAUCAACGCGUGAUUUGGAGGCCAGUACUGUCUUCAGUCACACCGAACAGGAUAUAUUAUCCUUGGAUUUUCCCUUGGUCAAAAAUAAAACUACCAAAAUCGAGGAUUCUGAAGGGAAUCUGACCGAUUCUAGCUCCCUACGUCGUAACACUAUCGCUCAAACAACGUCCAAUCCAUUGCAGAAGACGGACACCAGCAGAAGAGACACGCUGCCACCCAAGAUGACAAAACCUCUGUUUAUCCACCCCCAACCAUCAUAUCAACGACUUCAGAGCAACAAGCCGACGGUCCUCAGAAGUUCCGAGCUCUUGAAUGAAACUUGGGAAGAAGAGAUAAAAAGGCGAUCCUAUGAUAACCUCCAUUUAAAGAGGCCUGGGACUGGCCGCAAGCUGCCCAGCGUUGAAUUCGCGGAAUCUCAACAAAUAAAGGUGAGUGGAGAGAUAGGCGAAGUAUAUCAAUAUACCAGAAUAGAGUGA